AUGCUAGUCCGUCGCUACAAUGCAAGUCUGGUAUACACGCAAAUGCUGCUUCCGGACAGGUUGCUUAACGACAAAGAUUAUCUUGAUUUCCAUUUGCGCGAGCUAGGUGAUCCAAAUGAUCGACCAGUGGUUGUCCAGCUCUGUGGCAAUGACCCCGAGAUCGUGGUUAGAGCUGGUAGAUGUGUACAAAAUUACUGUGAUGGAAUAGAUCUGAAUCUCGGCUGCCCUCAGGAAGCCGCACGGGACGCACACUAUGGGGCGUACCUGCUUGGGCAAAAAGAUUGGCCUGUUGUUGAAAGCAUGGUAUCUGCCAUGUCUCAUUCGUUCAUCGUCCCAGUUUCCACCAAGUUGCGUCUAUGUCAGCCAGUUCCUGCUACUCUGGUUCUUGCGCAGCAUUUGGAGGAUGCAGGUGCCGGAUGGAUAACUCUGCAUGCACGGACUGUUUCCGCUCGGCGGCGUCGACAGGGUGCAGCCGAUCUAGAACAAGUCAGGAGACUCAAGGACAAUCUCAGGGUCCCUGUUGUCAGUAAUGGCAACGUGCGGACGUGGGAAGAUAUUGCAAGUAAUCGGAAGAUGACCGGCGCAGAUGGUAUAAUGGUCGGUGAAAGCAUGUUAGCGAACCCUUGUAUUUUCUCUGGUACGGUCCCCGAUCCAGUGGAAAUCUCGUUAGAAUAUCUGGAUCUAUGCAGAGACCAUCCGCAUACUGCAACCCUUCAGACCAUACAAACCCACAUCAGACACUUUGUUGAUCACCCGUGUGGACGGAGACCAUGGUUCAACAAGUUCCGCGCCGCUCUCAACCAGUCACGAACAAUCGAUGAUCUGGAACAUUUACUCAAGCGGAGGGUACAGAAAUGGCGUGGGCUACCACCUUACACCACAGGUGCCGCACAUGCAGCCGAGUCCGACAUAGAUGUUGAAUUAAAUUUAGAUCAUGAUGACGACGCUUUCGCCGCCAUGUCCCUUAUUUCGUAG